CCCUCUGCUGUGAGUAGGUGGGUAGGGAAAGGCCAGCCCACUUACAUAAGCCUAUGACUGGUACCCAGGAGGCCAGUCCAGGGAGCAGAUGCACAGCCCCUCCCUCCCACCAACAGUGAAAAUCUUCUGCUGGAGCCCAGCCUGGGGUGGCCCAGCAUGGAGGCAGCCACAAUUCUGGAGGUGGCUUCAGGCUCCAAGCUGCAGGUAGAAAAAGCCAGCCCUGCAGAUACUGAACAGCCUGAGGCUUCCCUGAAACAGUGGGUGGGCAGUCCCACUCCCCAGCUCCUGCCCACUGUGGAAGUGCACCCCAAGAUCUGGCUACCUCGGGCCCUGAGGCAGACGUACAUCCGGAAGGUUGGGGACACAGUGAACCUACUAAUCCCAUUCCAGGGCAAGCCCAAACCUCGAGCCACUUGGACACACAAUGGUUGUGCCUUGGACACCCAUCGUGUGAGUGUGCGGAAUGGGGAGCAAGACUCCAUCCUCUUCAUCAGAGAAGCCCAACGUGCUGAUUCGGGCCACUACCAACUCUGUGUGCAGCUGGGUGGGCUGGAGGCCACUGCCACCAUUGAUAUCCUGGUGAUUGAGAGGCCAGGCCCUCCUCAGAGUAUUAAGUUGGUGGACGUCUGGGGCUCCAACGCUACCCUGGAAUGGACACCUCCCCAAGAUACGGGCAACACGACACUUCUGGGAUACACAGUGCAGAAGGCUGACACAAAAUCUGGGCUGUGGUUCACAGUGCUGGAGCAAUAUCACCGCAACAGCUGCAUUGUCUCCGACCUCAUUGUGGGCAACUCAUAUGCCUUUCGUGUCUUUGCUGAAAACCAGUGUGGACUCAGUGAAACAGCCCCCGUCACUGCUGACCUUGCCCACAUCCAGAAAGCAGCUACUGUUUACAAGACCAAGGGGUUUGCCCAGCGGGACUUCUCUGAAGCCCCAAGGUUUACCCAGCCUCUGGCAGACUGCACUACAAUCACUGGCUAUGAUGCCCAGCUCUUCUGCUGCGUCCGCGCCUCUCCCAGGCCCAAGAUCAUCUGGCUGAAGAACAAGAUGGAUAUCCAAGGCAACCCCAAAUACAGAGCCCUCAGUCACCUGGGGAUCUGCUCCCUAGAAAUCCGCAAGCCUGGUCCCUUUGAUGGAGGCAUUUAUACCUGCAAGGCAGUGAACGCCCUGGGGGAGGCAUCUGUGGACUGUCGGGUGGAUGUGAAAACUCCUAACUGAAGCUACCUAAAAGGACAUUGUACAUAAGAAAGCCAGAGCCCAGGGAUGAAGCAAGGUAGGUAGUGAGUUCAUCGCACAGGUCCCUGGGACCAUGAAGAGAGGUGGCUUCAGCUUCCCAGGUGUGCGCUGGCUGUUUGCUGUGAUGGCCACAACGUGCCCUUUCUUUUCAGGGCCUCCAGGAAGCCUGACUGUGACAAGAUUGUGUUCUAAAGGAGCUUUAGCACAAGGUCUGAUUUGGAGUAAUCUAAAUAAAUGUGUGGCUCUUCCA